CAGAUCCUCUGGUGAAUGGCAGCCAAAUUUCUUAUUUAUGCCUGCCUGCUGCUUUUCUCUGUGUUGCUAUCCCUACGUCUGGAUGACAAAAUUCAGUGGAGUUACUGGGCUGUAUUUGCUCCGAUAUGGCUGUGGAAGCUGAUGGUGAUUGUUGGUGCCUCAGUGGGAACAGGAGUGUGGGCCCGAAACCCGCAGUAUCGAGCAGAAGGAGAAACAUGUGUGGAGUUCAAAGCGAUGUUAAUUGCAGUAGGCAUCCACCUGCUACUGCUGAUGUUCGAAGUUCUGGUGUGUGACAGAAUCGAAAGAGGAACUCAUUUUUGGCUUCUGGUCUUCAUGCCGUUAUUCUUUGUAUCUCCUGUGUCAGUUGCAGCCUGCGUAUGGGGAUUCCGACAUGACAGGUCCCUGGAGCUGGAGAUCUUGUGUUCAGUUAAUAUUCUACAAUUCAUAUUUAUUGCCCUCAGACUCGAUGAGAUCAUCAGGUGGCCAUGGCUUGUUGUUUGCGUUCCGUUGUGGAUCUUGAUGUCCUUUCUAUGUCUAGUAGUGCUCUAUUACAUUGUUUGGUCUGUUCUGUUCUUGCGUUCAAUGGAUGUGAUUGCUGAACAAAGAAGGACACACAUCACAAUGGCUGUCAGCUGGAUGACAAUUGUAGUUCCACUGCUCACCUUUGAGAUUUUGCUAGUACACAGACUAGAUGGGCACAAUUCUUUUUCUUUUAUACCCAUAUUUGUUCCUCUGUGGCUUUCACUGAUAACUUUAAUGGCAACAACAUUUGGGCAAAAAGGAGGAAAUCACUGGUGGUUUGGAAUUCGCAAAGACUUCUGCCAGUUCCUGCUUGAAAUUUUCCCAUUCCUACGUGAAUAUGGAAAUAUUUCCUAUGAUCUUCAUCACGAAGAUAAUGAGGAAGCAGAAGAAACCCCAGUUCCUGAGCCACCAAAAAUUGCACCGAUGUUUCGAAAAAAGACUGGCGUGGUCAUUACACAGAGUCCUGGGAAGUACGUGAUUCCACCUCCCAAACUAAAUAUCGAUAUGCCAGAUUAAAUGACAACAACCUGUUAAAACUGGAACUGGGAAUCAACAGACAAAUGCAGUUCAUCUCAUGCCUUGUCCCAAUUAAUUUAAAAUAGCUUUUGCUUGAUUCAGCAGCUUGGAUCACAGAAAUUGGAGAUCUUGAAGAUUGAGAGUUUUUCCACAGAGAUUUUGUGAACCUUCCUCAUGGUUCACUUGGCACACAUGCCUGUAUAGUAUUUAUAUGAACAUUUUAGCAGUGUAAUAUAUUGUUUAAAAGUCUCGUCCUGUACAGUAUAAGUAUUAUCUAAAAGUAUUUUUUUAAAAAGCCUGUAUGAAAUGCCUGUUCUAUUCCAAGUGUCUUUCGGGUUAUAAAUAUACUCUCAUUUUCCAUGUCUGUGCUGAGUACUUUGUGGAUGUCUUGAUAUAUAGUACCUCUUUACUCUUUUCUUUGCUGUUCAGCCACAAUCAUUAGUUUAAUUGUGAAAGCACCGGUGUGUUGUAGUUCUAAGGAAGGACUGGAAAGACUUUUGGGAGGAAAUCGAAUGUAUAGCAGCUUACGUGAUGUUUCUGAGUUAGCUAUGUAGAUUGUUACAAAUUUCAAUUUUUGCAGUGGCUUGGGAGUGAAGUUGCUUUUCCAGGUUCACUUUCUAACUCCUCCUGAGCAACAUGUAUGCCACUCUGUCAUUAGUUUGGCUGCUUAAUAAACUGUUGCCUCUUGCAUUGUGUGCGUAAUCUAUGCCAGAAAGAUUAGUUGCAGGUUUUACAGCUGUUGGUUAGCUGAUAUUUAUAUCUUAACUCAGUCUUCACUACCAACUUUUUUGUAUGAUGUCUUUAGUACAGAUGAUUAAACUGUUCAAAAUAGGAA